AUGACCGGGGUAUUUGACCGGAGGGGUCCCAGCAUCCGCUCCAGUGACUUCCCGGCUCCUUUUCAGACGGCCGCAGCCAUGCAUCAUCCGUCUCAAGAGUCGCCCACUUUGCCGGAAUCCUCGGCCACAGACGCCGAUUAUUACAGCCCGGCGGGGGGUGCCCCGCACGGCUACUGCUCGCCCCCGGCCGCGUCCUACGGCAAGGCACUGCAUCCUUACCAGUAUCCCUACCACGGCGUGAGCGGGGCCGCCACCGGGCCCCCGCCCGGCACCUACCCCGCCAAAGCUUACGCGGACUACAGCUACGCCAGUUCCUACCAUCCCCAGUACAGCGGGGCUUACGGCCGGGCACAGAGCUCCUCCGGCCAGCCAGACAAAGACGCUGCAGAGCCCGAGGUCAGGAUGGUGAAUGGUAAACCCAAGAAGGUUCGCAAACCCCGGACGAUUUACUCCAGUUUUCAGCUGGCUGCGCUGCAGAGACGGUUUCAGAAGACCCAAUACCUCGCCCUGCCCGAACGCGCUGAACUGGCGGCCUCUUUGGGCCUCACGCAGACACAGGUUAAAAUCUGGUUUCAGAAUAAAAGGUCCAAGAUUAAGAAGAUCAUGAAGAACGGGGAGAUGCCGCCUGAGCACAGUCCCAGCUCCAGUGACCCCAUGGCGUGUAACUCUCCGCAGUCUCCAGCUGUGUGGGAACCUCCGGGCAGCGGGGCAGCAGCUCGCUCCCUGGGCCACCACCCUCAUGGCCAUCCUCCAGCUUCCAAUCCGUCCCCCGCCUCAAGCUACCUGGACAACUCGGCGUCCUGGUACCCCGGGGCCGGUUCCCUUAAUUCUCACCUUCAGCCGCACGGCUCUCUCCAGCAUCCGCUGGCGCUCACCUCCGGGACGCUUUACUAG